CCCCACUAGCCUUUCCCAGUUCUUCCCGGCCAAAAACCCUGUCCGACGGUCGAACUUGAACUCAGAUGCGAUCUUUGACUCGGACCCAUUGGAUUUUCCCAUCGGAGCCCCCGCUAAGCGCGUCCAUGCCCAGCCUGGCACAACCGCGCAACAGACGAGGCGACAUCCACUCUUCUUUCAACGAGACUCCCGCCUCUUCAGCGAGGCACGAACGGGGAGAGGCGCCAGCCUCCCGCCCUCCGUCGUCUGCCAUCGGAGGACCACCAUCCCUUUCCAUCCAGCACGCGACGACCGACGAACCCGCCGAAAUUCGCGCUAUUUGGGGAACCACGGUGAACCUGACCGAAACGAUGAAACUGUUUCGCGAGUUUCUUGAGGGAUUUAAGCCCAAGUAUCGCCGAGUUUAUUCGCAGGCUCUCGGCCUUCCAACACAGCCGUUUUCGAAACGGGAGAUGGAGAGGUUCUUCUAUGCCGUCAACUUGCUUGCUUAUCCCAAUUCGAAGCGACUGCAUAACCUGUUGGUCAAGUAUCCUCAAGAAGUCAUUCCUGUGAUGGAUCAAGUCCUCAAGGAUACAAUCUUGGAUGUCGCAUAUCGGGAUCAAGCCGACGGGUUCGAAGACAUGGAGGGCGAUCAGGGCGAAACGGAGAUUGGGGAUCUCAUGAACCGUGUGUUCAAGGUUCGGCCUUAUGGCUUGGAUUCUGUCAACAUGCGAGAACUCAACCCGACUGAUACGGACAAGCUGGUCGCCAUCAACGGGCUUGUUAUCCGCACGACGCCCAUCAUUCCCGACAUGAAGACCGCGUUCUUCCGUUGCCUCAACUGUUCGCACACGACUCAGGUCGAGAUUGACCGUGGCAAGAUUGCGGAACCGAGCGUCUGUCCGCGAGACGUCUGUGCCUCACCGGGAACGCUUUCGCUAAUCCACAACCGAUGUACAUUCGCGGACAGACAAGUGAUUCGACUGCAAGAGACGCCGGAUGUCGUGCCUGAUGGCCAGACGCCGCACACGGUCAGUUUGAGUGUCUACGACGAGCUGGUCGACAUCGCCAAGCCUGGUGACCGAAUGGUCGUGACUGGGAUCUUCCGCAGCAUUCCCAUGCGGGUGAAUCCGCGGCAGCGGAAGCUCAAGAGUCUGUUCAAGACAUACCUGGAUGUCGUUCACGUGCGGCUCAUCGGAGGCGCCGAUGGCCGCGAAGGUGUAGUCGCUCUCGAUCCCACGACACGGGGGAGUGCCGAUCGUAUGCCUGGAAUCGGGGGUGUUGGUGAUCUGGAGGGCCAGCGUGACGAACAAGGUGUCUUGAAUACAGAAUUGGAGAACAGAAUCCGUCAGCUCAGUCAGAGGCCCGACGUCUACGAUUUGUUGUCCCGCUCGCUUGCUCCGAGUAUUUGGGAAAUGGACGACGUGAAGAAGGGCAUUCUGCUCCAACUCUUUGGAGGUACCAACAAGAGUAUUGAGCGUGGCGGAGGAGCUGGUGGACCUCGAUAUCGUGGUGACAUCAAUGUCCUGUUGGUCGGUGACCCUGGAACGAGUAAAUCCCAGAUUCUUCAGGUGAUAUGUGCACAAAAUUGCCCCCGGGGAGUCUACACGUCUGGCAAAGGCUCCUCCGCCGUGGGUCUCACAGCGUAUGUGACGCGCGAUCCCGACUCAAAACAACUAGUGCUGGAGAGUGGUGCUCUCGUCCUCAGCGACGGCGGUGUUUGUUGUAUUGACGAAUUUGACAAAAUGUCCGAUGCGACGCGUAGCGUCCUUCACGAAGUGAUGGAGCAACAGACUGUCUCGAUCGCUAAAGCCGGGAUCAUCACCACUCUCAACGCCCGGACGUCGAUUCUCGCCGCCGCCAAUCCUGUCGGGUCCAAGUAUGACGUUGACCUGCCCAUCACGAGGAACAUUGACCUGCCUCCGACGCUCAUAUCGCGUUUCGACCUGUUGUAUCUCGUGCUCGACCAAGUAGACGAGAACCUGGACCGGAAACUGGCGCAGCAUCUAGUGGGGUUGUAUCUUGAAGACACUCCCAACCGGAGGGAGGCCGAUGAGCUCUUGGCGCUACCUGAACUCUCUGGUUACAUCUCAUAUGCACGAUCUCGUGUGCAUCCUGUGAUCACGGAAGCGGCUGGCGACGAGCUUGUUCGCUCAUACGUCGAGAUGCGGAACAUGGGUUCCGAUGCAGGGUCGUCCGAGAAGCGAAUCACAGCGACUACGCGGCAGCUGGAGAGUCUGAUUCGGUUAUCAGAGGGCCAUGCGCGUAUGCGCCUGAGCGAGUUUGUCGAGCUGCGCGAUGUUCGCGAGGCCGGGCGGUUGAUGCGAGAGGCCAUUAGGACGAGUGCGAUGGAUCCGAGGACCGGGAAGAUCGACAUGGGCCUGCUGAACACUGGCACGGGCGCUGGCCAGCGCAGGCAGCGUGAAGAUAUGAGAAGGGGCAUUUUGAGCAUACUGGAUUCCACAGCCGGUGCCAAGACGCGUGGUGUGAGAUGGGCCGAUGCGAUGCAGUCUCUGGGCGAUCAGAGCAGCGUCCGGAUUGAUAUUGCCGAGUUUACGGAGGUGAUCAAGGCAUUGGAGAACGAAGGAAUCGUCAAGGUCCUCGGGGAGAGGGAUCGCAGAACUAUUCGUAAGAUGGACAGUUGAUCUGAUAGUCCAGGGCCUGUGUGUACUAUUUUGUUUGUAUUAUCGUUGUUACCUGCUGCCAUGAUUCAUGACUUGUCGAGUAAGA